UCAUGCCGAGUAAGGGUUGCCCAUUUGUCGAAAUGCGGGGUUGGUGAGGUUUCUGCGGCACUGUGCGUAGGCCUUUCUGAGUACGAUGCAGUCGUCGCCCACGACGGCGCCGUCCUUGCUGUGUAGGCACUGGCGGAAGGUGUAGCCGUACUCGGCGAAGCACUUGGACUGCUUGUAGCACGUCACCAUCUCGUCAUGCACCUUCUUGCACGAGUUGGACGCCGAACGGUGCGGCUUGUCCUCACUCAGAGGCAAAGACAU